AUGGAAUUAGACCCCCCAUCAAAAGAUGACUUCUAUCUUCCCCCAAAAGGAUACGAGACUUCAAAACCAGGUGACAUCCUAAAAAUCAGACUGCCUCCCAGCAAACUAGCCAGCAAUUAUAUUCCCAUCCACAUCAAACAAGCCUGGCAAAUCCUAAUCAGAUCCGAAGAUUCAUUCGGCAAUCCAAACACAAUCGUCACCACAAUCAUCCAACCCCACAAUGCCGACCCAAAGAAAGUCAUUUCAUAUCAAACAUAUGAAGAUUCGGCAAAUAUUGAUUGUUCACCAUCAUAUGGAUUUCUAUUCGGGUCAUCAUUUGCAACGGUGGCAACACAGACGGAUAUGACGCUUAUGGUUAUGGCUUUACAACGGGGGUAUUAUGUCGUGAGUCCAGAUUAUGAAGGACCGAAAUCGACAUUCACGGUAGGUAGACAAUCUGGACAAGCAGUACUUAAUUCAAUUCGGGCCGCUUUGAAAUCGGGUGCAUUCACGGGGAUAGAUAAGGAUGCAAAAGUGGCAAUGUGGGGAUAUUCUGGUGGGUCAUUGGCUUCAUCAUGGGCAGCUUCAUUACAGCCAGAAUAUGCUCCUGAUUUGGGUGAUGCCUUGAUUGGGGUGGCAUUAGGGGGGUUUGUGACUAAUAUUACCGCGACUGCAGAAGCGACUGAUGGGACUAUAUUUGCGGGAUUGAUAGCUAAUGCAUUGGCUGGACUUGCGAAUGAAUAUCCGGAUUUCAAGGAUAGGAUAUAUAAAUUGGCUAAUCCUAUGCAUAUAUUACCCUUGUCAUAUGGUGAUAAAUAUUUUUUGGUUCCUUCUGUGAUGAAUUAUAUCGGUAGUCGAUUUUUCAAAGGUCUAUGGUCGGUAUUUCCUCAAGGAUUUGGUGUAUUGAAUGACGCUAUUAUUGGAAAAGUAGUUAAAGACAAUUCUUUGAUCUAUUUGGCCGAAGAUCUCAUGCCCAGAAUUCCCAUUUUUGUCUAUCAUGGAAGUUUGGACCUGAUUGUUCCAAUCGUGGGUGCAAAAGGGAUUUAUGACAUCUGGUGUCAGAACAAUAUAAAUUCAUUUGAAUUUGCUGAGGAUGCAACUACUGGCCAUCUUGCUGAAACUAUUGUAGGUGCACCUGCUGCUUGGACUUGGAUUGAACAACGAUUUGAUGGGAUCGAGCCAGUUAGAGGGUGUUCUCAUGUGGUAAGGGUUUCAAAUUUCUUAUAUCCUGGGGUUGAAUCUGCGACAUUGCAAUAUUUCAAGGGGUUGUUUGAUACUUUUAUCCAUAGUCCACUUGGACCAUAUGAUAAAGCAUCUACCAAAUCGAAUUGA